AUGGCUACUGCUCAACCAGUAUACGAUUAUUCAACUUAUGAUUAUUCAUAUGACACAAGUUCAGCAGCUGCUUAUUCAUCUUAUCCAGGAUAUGAAUCAAGUGCACCAUAUGCAACAUCUGCUACAUAUGAUGGCUAUGCAACAUCAGCAGCAUAUCCUACGAGUGCUUCAACAGGUCAGCCUUAUACUACCGUUGAUCCAUAUUCUGGUUAUCCAACAACAGCUUAUGGUUAUCCAACCACAGCUACUACUGCUGGUGCUCCAUCAUCAACUACUAGUCAAACUGGAUAUGCAUCAUCGUAUAGUUCAUCUCCAUCAAAUAGUAGCUAUGCAUAUGAUUCAAGACGUACUACACCACCACCAUCAUCGUCAUCUUCUGCACCAUCAACUCAUUAUGCUGCUUAUGAUUAUACUUCAAAUAUUGCUGGUGCAUAUGCUGCAACACCUUCAUCAAAUGCUACUUAUUCUCCCUAUAAAACAGUUUCAACAACGAAUGGUUCAUCAUCAUCAAGUGUUUAUUCAACUUAUGCUACAUCAGCUCCACCACCACAUGGAGCUUACAAUAUUCCACCAGGUAGUCAUCUUGCAGGAGCAAUGGGACCUCCUCAUGUCUAUGCAACAGCAGCAACAGAUAUGAUUCCACGUCGAUCAGAUUAUUAUGCUGCAAGUCAAGUGCCUCAUGCAAUGCAUUAUGUUCAUCAUCAAUCUCAACGAAUACCAUAUCGGUAA